AUGUCUUCAGGAUAAUUUGACGAUCUCCUCAUACCAGGAUUUUAUACCGAGAAUGACUAAUCGUCUAAUUCAAAUUCAGAUGAAAGUUAGGAUAGCCAUGAAAACAGAAACAUUAUUCGUCUAUCUUUCUCAAAAAUCUUUGGCAAAAAAGGUAUCAAUGAUAAAAAGAAAUAAACCAAAAAUUUGAGUUAGAUAAAAAAGGUUAAGCCACUCAACAAAACUCAUAAACAAAAACACUCACACAAAAAUGAUUUUUAAUAGGUAGAUUAAAAAUAAGAUUAAUUUCAAAAAUAAUAAUCCUACAGUGACGACAAGAAUGAAUGCUAGAAUCUAAUGGAAAAGAGACUUUCAGAAAACAAGAAAUCUAAAUACAUCUAUCCAGGUGAAACAAAAAACAUGUACUAUAAUAUAUGUUAAAAUUUGAAACAUUUUAUAUGUAAAUAUUUCUAUUCAUAAAGUAGAAUUUAAUUUUGAUGAAUAAUAUUAGUCUCAAGACACAUUGAAAAAAUUCUUGGAAUCUCCUAAAAGACUAGGAUAUUUUGAAUUCAAAAGGAUGCUCAAAGAAAGCUCUAUGCUAUAACAAAUAACUAGAAUAUUUUUUGCAUAAUUUGGUUGGGCUCGAUUCUUCAUAUUGAAUAAUAGAGUUGACUUGGAUUAGUACUUUAGGUAUAAACCAGCUUUUCUGAUUGAUAAAUGGUGA